AAGUAGACGUUCAAAACAAACCUGGCUAACAAUCCAAAAACAAAAUAACCAGACAUUGGUGCAUCGUUCUGCUACGUUCUAAAUCAUGGUGUCGUAGUGAAGCCUGGAGAUUAUUUUUUUUAUCAUGAAUCUUAGAGGACUGUUCCAGGAUUUUAAUCCCAGCAAAUUCCUCAUAUAUGCCUCCCUUUUGCUGUUCUCCAUCCUGCUAGCUCUGAAGCUGGAUGGAGUUCUCCAGUGGAGUUAUUGGGCGGUUUUCACACCCAUCUGGCUCUGGAAGCUCAUGGUUGUCAUCGGAGCCUCAGUUGGGACAGGAGUUUGGGCCAGUAACCCUCGCUACAGAGCCGAGGGUGAGACACAUGUGGAAUUUAAAGCCAUGUUGAUCGCAGUGACCAUUCACAUUCUGCUGCUGAUGUUUGAAGUACUGGUGUGUGACAGAAUCGAGAGGGGAUCCUACUUCUGGCUUCUCGUAUUCAUGCCCCUCUUCUUCGCUUCUCCUCUGUCAGUGGCUGCAUGUGUGUGGGGCUUCCGCCAUGACCGUUCACUGGAGUUGGAGAUAAUGUGCUCGGUCAACAUUCUCCAGUUUAUUUUUAUUGCCUUACGACUAGACAAAAUCAUCAGCUGGGACUGGCUGGUGGUGUGUGUGCCUCUGUGGAUCCUCAUGUCUUUCCUGUGUCUGGUUGUGCUCUACUAUAUCAUUUGGUCCAUGCUCUUUCUGCGCUCUGUGGACAUCAUCGCAGAGCAGCGUCGCACUUACGUCACAAUGGCUGUGAGCUGGAUAAGCAUUGUGGUUCCGCUCCUAAUCUUUGAGAUCUUGCUGGUUCAUAAACUAGACGGACAUAACAAGUUAAGUUAUGUCUCUGUCUUUGUGCCUUUAUGGGUCUCAUUGGUCACUCUCAUGGCCAGUACUUUUGGGCAGAAAGGCGGGAAUCACUGGUGGUUUGGCAUCCGCAAAGACUUCUGCCAUUUCCUUCUGGAGCUCUUCCCUCUACUGCGAGAGUAUGGCAACAUCUCCUACAACCUGCAGCAUGAUGACUCUGACACCUUAGAGGAGACACGUGCUGUCUCAGAACCUUUAAAAGUUGCCCCUAUGUUCUUCCACAAAGGAGUAGAAAUCAUGCCAUUCCCUGGGAAAUACUUUGAUCCUCCUCCUAAACUGUCUAUAGACAUACCUGACUGAAGGCCUGCAGUCUUUACAAGACGUUCUAGGAGAAGGCCUGGAACCAAUAGUUGCUUUGUUGCUUGUCUUUUUUUUUUUUAACUAUUAUUAUUCAGGUAUACUUGAGAUGUCAAGGAUAAAGUGGGAAAUGAUAAAGAGCUGGUAUCGUUAUUCGAGUCGAUUCUGCUGCAUAGUGGAAAUUCAGAAUAGCUUAUAGUGUGAUAUAAUAUUCCAUAAUGCACUUUUCUUUUGUCCAAAAUAAACUCAGGCAAUUUUAAAUUAUUAAACUGUUAAAUCAAGAUUCCCAUACUACUUUCAGCACAGGUCGGCUGAUUGAGAGCCUACAGCUGGUAUUGUUUUUAUUGUCUAUUUCCUAAGUGGAAUUUCUGUAUUCUGUACAUUUGUUAUUUUGAAUUUUAUACACGGAACUGUAUUUGCUUAAGAAUUACAAUGGACAUAUUAUGAGGUCUUGGAUUUACACCUACUGCUAUUUCCUAACAUGAGAAUUUGUUUAUAUGUAUUCAACUCCUUUUUCCACCUUUCUGGGGUUAGUAUGUUAAAAUGAGGCUAACCUGAGACAAAUACAGUAUUUCAUGAAACUGUAAACUCUUAGCAAAUAAUUUAUGCAGCAGCUGUGAAAGCACUUGAUAUUAUAGAGAGCACUCUAACUGAUACUUACUUUCAUUUGGUUUGAGCAUAUAUACAGCACCGACUGGUGACACUAAAAAAAGGAGAAAAAUUAUACCCCCAAUAUACUGCCUCCUCCUAACUCUGCUACUCUCUUAACUCGACCAUCUUGGACUAGACAUUUCUAAUGAUCGUUUAUCAUUAAACCAAACAAUGAAAAGAUGUUUGGUAAUGUAAGAAGCUAUGCAUGUGCAUUUUAAUAUUGUUGCAUGUAACUGUACAAUCUUCAAUUUCUGUAAUUAACCUUCGUUUGAGAGUAAGAAGUA